UCGGAAGUAAAUACUUUUUAAAAUCAAAUUGAUGAAAAUUAUGAAAUAGUUACUGAGAAUAUGGAUCCAAAAAUUUCGUUUCAGUUUCAAUCAUAUGCUCAACAAAACGAACCGUCUAGUAGUUCCAUGCAGCAGAGAAUGGGGGAUGUAGAGACAGAUGACGAUGGAGAGGUGAAUAAGGAAAAAGAGGUAGAUAUAGAAGGAGAAUUAAAAAUAAAUGACAAAGACGUUUUAACAAUUGAAAUACAUAAAGAAGUUUUAGACAUACUGGAGAAACAAGACGAGAAAAUAGAAAAAAUAUUAAAAUUAGUUGAUAAUUUAUGUACAACGUUUCUAUCUACUAUCAAGCGAAUGAAUAAUACAGUAAAUCAAAUAACAGAAGACGCAAAAAUGAAUGUAAAUGAGAUAAUUAUCCAACAAACACUCUCUAACUUAACCGCCCUGCUUAAAGAUGCCUAUGAGAAACAGGGUAAUAGAGUUAUUGAAAUAAUAAAAGAUUUAGAUAAGAUUGCACAUCUAACAUAUACAGGGCCACAGAAGGAAAUAAUUAAACAAAUAAAAGAUAAAACCAUAAGUCAAGAAGAGGAAGAUUAAAUGUAAGGACUGGCAACAUAGUCGAAGAGGAAAGAAGUACUACAGGUGCAACAAAUUUAGCCAACAUAUAGAAGCUUUGUGUCUCUAUUAUAGGAGUCAACCUUAGAAUAUAUUUCAGUGUAACAAUGUGUUUCAGUGUUCACAAAGUACAAAUACUAAAAUAAUAAAUUAAGUAUUUAAGAUCAUGUUUUAACUGAAAAUAUAACUGUAUAAAUAUCAGAAUUUCCAUAAAAAAGGUGAGGUAAAAUAAAAGUUUUGCUGAUGCUUUAAGGGGUUC